UCGCUCCUGGGUGUCCACUAGGGUUUUCUGCUCGCAUCUGGAUCCCAGUACGACGAGCAUACAGUCCAGUGUCCUGUCCUACAGAAACCACGGCCUCCUCCAAUUUGGAAAAGAAAGCAAGAAAAAGAAAGGAAGAAAGUAGAAGAAGAAGAAGAAGAAUAAAAAGAAAACACCAUCCCGGCAACUUUUCUACCGUCUCUCCUCCCGUGAUUUUAUACUUUUCGUCGAAGCUGUGAAGCUGAGAUUCUUGCCUGCAGUUAAAAGUUUUUCACGCGUUUUUAAACCAGUUUUUCUGUCGCUCCUUCGCGGAGUUUUUCCUCCCAAAUUGAGUCUGGAACUCGACAUUUAUCCCACAGAGCUUUUAAACGGACGUCGUUUGAGCAGUGUUUGAGGCUUUUUGUGGGGGGCUUUUUUUUUUUUUUACCUCCCUCAAAAAGUUGUUUCAGAGGUGGCCUCAGAGCUGCUGUGAAUGAAGUAUCUGUUGAGCUGAAGAAAUCAGCGCGUCUCUCCAUGAGGAAACUCAGCGUGGGAGUCGCUGAAACUUUGUCCUAACUUAUACGCACACCUGAAGCGGUUAUAUACACCUUUUUUUUUUGUAUCUUUUUUUUGUGCUGUGUAGUAGUUUGUUUGUAACGAAAAUGAAGACGCUGUUGGUGCUGUGUGUAGUUUGCACGCUGGUUGUGUUUUCUGUUUCGGGGACUGCGGAGCAAAAGUUGAAAAACUGCAACGAAGUCCGCGUUGCUUACAGCUCCAAAGGCUUCAACAUGAACGAUGUCCCCAACAAAGGAGUCAACGGAGCCCCCUUGAAAGUGUGUCCGCAGGGUUUCUCCUGCUGCACGGUGGAGAUGGAGGAGAAGCUGAGCCAGCAGAGCCACACGGAGAUCAAAGCUCCCGUCUCCAAGCUUAGCACCAACCUACAAUCCACCUUCAAACAGAGGCACGACCACUUUGACAAGUUUUUCCGUGAGCUUUUGAAAAAUGCAGAGGUCUCUCUGAACAACAUGUUUGUGCGAACAUAUGGGAUGAUGUACGUGCAGAACGCAGAACUGUUUAAAAACUUCUUCGAGGCCCUGACUCGGUACUACGUGUCUGGCAGCGCUGCUGUCAACCUGGACUCCAUGCUGUCAGACUUCUGGGCCGACCUCCUGGAGAGGAUGUUCCGGCUGGUCAACGUGCAGUACGAAUUCAGCGAUGCCUACAUGGAGUGCGUGAGCCGGCACACGGACCAGCUGCAGCCCUUCGGCGAUGUGCCUCGCAAGCUCCGCAUCCAACUGACACGUGCCUUCGUUGCUGCACGCACCUUUGUGCGCGGCCUGGCGCUCAUGCCAGAUGUGGUCAACAGAGUUUCCACGGUCAGCGCGUCUCCCAGCUGUGUGCGAGCGGCCAUGAAGAUGUUGUACUGUCCCUACUGCUCAGGCCAAGUGGCCCUGAAACCCUGCCAGAAUUACUGUCUGAAUGUGCUGCGUGGGUGUCUGGCCAACCAAGCCGACUUGGACACAGAAUGGAACAAUUUCCUCGAUGCCAUGCUUAGUCUAGCUGAGAGGCUUGAGGGUCCCUUUAAUUUUGAGUCCGUCAUGGAUCCCAUCGACGUGAAGAUUUCAGAGGCCAUCAUGAACAUGCAGGAGAACAGCAUGCAAGUGUCGCAGAAGGUUUUCCAAGGAUGUGGUCAGCCUAAACCAAGCAUGGCCUUCCGUUCCGCACGCUCUCUCAAGGAAACAGGCUUUACCGGCCGCUUCCGUCCCUACAGUCCUGAUGCCAGGCCCACCACCGCUGCAGGGACCAGUUUAGAUCGACUGGUAAGGACCAAGAACUACUACAGAAUACUUUCGCUUUGCUUUAUGUUAUCAUGUCUGACUUGUUUUUGUGUAUUAUUCAUGCAGACAAAUGAUGUGAAGAAGAAGUUGAAACAUGCAAAGAAGUUCUGGUCCACAUUGCCAGAGACCGUGUGUGCAGGUGAGAGGAUUGCACCUGGGGACGAGUGCUGGAAUGGAACAGCAAAAAGCAGGUACGAGUCAGUUGUCAUGGGCAAUGGUCUGGCCAAUCAGGUGUCAAACCCUGACGUGGAAGUGGACAUAACAAAGCCAGACAUUGUAAUCCGCAGUCAGAUUGCAGCUUUGAAGGAAAUGACGAGCUGGCUCAAAGCUGCGCACAGCGGCAAUGACAUCUCCAUUGAUAACGAUGAGGAUGGCAGUGGAGGAGAGGAGAGCGGCAGCGGUUGCGACUCACCAUCCUGCGACACAGAUCGGGACAUCUACUUCUCCACUCCACCGAACACCGGCAAUCCCCGGGUUAAUCAAGUGGUGGUGCGUCCAUCAGCUGCAGUCGCCUCACAGGGAAGCAUGGCGCUGGCGCUCUGCGGGCUGGCUCUGGCCCUUCUUGCUCCCCACUUGAGAUAAAACUGGCUGGGCAGGGAGAGGAAGAGAACGACCAGGAAUGACGGAGCGAAGGGGAAAACUGUCAGAGAGACUUUAAAAAGACUGCCUUCAGGACCUUGGACUGUCCGCCAUUUGGGGGGGGGAGACUCUUAAUAUUACAAUAACUUCACUUUUAAUUAUUUGUUUGUAUGUUUUUAAGGACAUCAGUGUACAGCAAUAUGAUUUUCUUCCCAAGAAAUCCACCUUUUAUCCCAUUUUCCCCCAGAUAAACCUUUACUCCUUAUGGCUCUUUUGGAGCUACACUAUGGUUCUGCUUGCAGCAUUACAAACAUAUAAUUGUCUUGUUUUGGCAAUUUAAUCUCAUAAUUCAUUUUUGUGCCUUCUUCAAUGAUUGCCAUCUGACAACUAAACAAAAAGCGAGAUAUUUGGUUGAACAUUGAGUGCCUGUGGUGGGACAUAUUUCUGAGGAUGUUCUUUCUUUACAUUAUUCAGAGAUCAACAAAUUAUGUAAUGUUGUUAUGAAUAUUAACAGUUUAUAACAAUCGUUUUUUUUUUUUUUUUUGCACAUUAUGAAUGUGCAUACUGUGAAUGUUGGUGUCUUUGCAUUUAUACAUUUACAUACAUCAGCCGGUCAGAUAGGAUGAAGCUAGCUGUCUCUAAACUAAGGAAGAGUUGGAGCUUUUGUUUGCUUUGCUUUGGAGAGACUUUAAAAAUCUUUCAUCUCUCAGAAAUACAGUGAGAGAAGUUACAGCACAGGUAUUUAUGUUUGACCUGGAGAUGGAAUCAUUCUUUAGAAGAGCUUUUUGGGGCACUCUGCGAGCCCAAACAUGCAUAUUGUAUGUCUGCUAAGAGCAUUAUCACAACCUAACUUUUUACAUUUUUAAUUUAAUUUCCUCAGCUUAAACAGUUCAGUAGUAAGGUCAUACCUCAUGCAUGCUCUCAUUGUCAAUGCAAUCUCGUGAUGUUGAGUUUGAAAGUGUCUGAUAGAGUUGAGAUAUGUGGCUGGCAUCCUGGUGAAAGGUAACUGGCGUGGAAGAGGAAGGACUCCCCUGGCAUUACCCCUAAAGAAGGCAAAGCUGACAAGUCCUGAAUGCCCUUUUUGGUACUGUAAGCUCAGUUCAGCACAGAGGAUCUGACUCUAUACAGUCUUACUUGUUUGAAAAGAUAAAGGUGGCAACAUGUAUGUUCAGAGCAUUUCACACUAAACUAGAGAAGCGGAACAAAAGACAGUGCUUUGAUCAAAUUAAAUCAAGAAAGAUUAUUUUAAUACAGGGUUUUAUGUUGAAGAGGUGUUGUAAUUUUUAGCUAUUUUUGGUAUGAAGAUAUAUAUUAGGUACUACAGUGGAUUUUACUGCUAGUUUUAGGUGGUGGAAGAGGACAGUGUGCACAGAUAUUGGGGGCACUUUUUGGUCAGUGUGCACAGUUUUUGGGGGAUCUUUUUUUUUUUUUUUUUGCCCACAUCCCCCAUCCCACAAUACACACUUGUACCUCUUAAAUGGCCUCUGUCAGUAUAAAUGGACUCAUCCUGAACCAUUUAAUCUACCUAUCCUCAUGGUUCUCAUGUCAACUUGAGGUGGAAUGUUGAAGUAUUGUCACAAGUGCUACCAAAAUUAAUGCAAUGUAUGGUGCCUGAUCUUUUUUUUUUUUUAACCGUGGUACAUUACUAGCAACUUCUUGAGGUAAAAAAAAAAAAGAAUGUGGAUGUUGAUGAUUUGUAUCUAUUAUCUGCUCAGAUUCCCUGGAAGAUGUUUGAGUACAUUUUUACCAUCUUCUGUAUCUUCUAAUUUGAUAAUCAGGUCUGUUAAGUUGCAUUACCUGGACAUUUCAUUUCUAAAAUGAUGCUGCCUCAUGUAGCUUUGUACAGUAACUUAUGCAUGUGUUUUAAUGUCACUGCAAACAUGCUUUUAGAACUGACAUAGAUUAAACAAAAUACAGUAUUCAGAAUGUUUCGAUAUGCAAAACAUAUGUGAAAAUAAUAAAUUUCUCAAAGUGAUGGAUUAAAUUGAUCAGAUUUGGGGGGUUUAAAUAUGCAUUUUUGUAAAAAACUGAAAAAUGGAUUUGCAUGUUUCACAUUUGCCUGCAGGUCUGAAACAACUGGCUGCAGUUUAGACACUUGGUAGUCAAGAUGCCUUUUGUUUGGCUCUGAAAUUGACAGGUUGAUUGUAAGCUUGCAUGACAUUUUCUUCCAAAAAAAAAGUUAUGUUCCCAAUUAACAGACUUGGAACAAAUCAACAAGGACAUCAAUAUUAAGAAUCUGACUUUGAAAGGAUUUGAUGAAACAUCUAAACAACCCACUUUAAAAUACUGAAGCCUUAAUUUAAAACGCUUACUUGGCAUUACUUCUGCAUGUGACCGGUUCAGUUCUCCUAAUUUUUUUGUGUUCCACCAACAUUUCUACAAGGGCUUGUGCAUGUGUUCGUGUCAUGUGGAAGAAUUGUGUCAAGUGUGAAGAGACCCAAUUUUCUGAGAGUCAGGUUUUGGGUGAUGAUGGUAAAUGUCUGUGCUUGCGGGCCAGGGCAGCAACAUUUUCAGGCGGGCAGGAGUUGGUCCAGCAGCCGGAUGUUGUUCAUUUGAUCCACAGAACAACUUCAGUCCAGUGACUUGAAAGUUGAGUUGGACAUGUGUUGAAAGCCUUUCAUCAGCCUUUGGCCCACAAGAACAGAAAGGACUCAUUUUCUGAGGAGAGACUGAGUGACUGAAAAAAAUAAAAAAAGUGUGUAAAUAAAGAGCAGCCGUUUUAGAUGUCUCUAAAAGAGGCCGUAACAGUUCACCAGAUUUUUACUUGUCAGAGUAUCUCCUAAAUGUUAUGGAAAAAACAAGAUGAGAUAGAUGUUAAAUUGUAAGAGAAAAUGUAUAUUAAACAACAUUUCUUAGUCUUGUUGAAAUAAAGACUGCCAAUAUUUAAAA